CCCGGGGAGGAGCCUUGUCCAGAGGCCGCCUGCCAGGUUGCGGGGGCGCGCGGCCCGAGGAUGGCGCCGCUGGACGAGCUCGCGAUGGACGCCUGGCUGCAGCCUGGCUGCGUCGCCGAGAGGGAGCUGGACGGCUGCCCUUUCGAGGUGGUCGUGCUCCAGGUGCGGGGAGACGCGGUCGACGUGGCGUACCUGGACGACGGCAACGUCGAGCGAGACGUGCCGCCGGACGAGCUGUCGGACCUCCCCGAGCAGGAGCGUGCGAUCCUGGCCGACGCCGCCCGGAAGCGUUUCGAGGACGGCUUGGCGUGGCUCAGUAGCGAGGAGGGCGCGGGCCUGACGCGGCCGACCACCGCGAGCUCCGGCAUGCGGUGGGAGCAGGGCCUGCACGUCGAGGAGGACGGCGCCACGAUCCUCUCAGCGGUCGCCGCGGUGGACAGCGGCGACUGCGGCGCCGCCGGAGCCGGGGCGCACGGGCCCGCCAAGGGCCCAGAGCCGGCAGUCACCAGUGCCAUUGGGGGUGCCGCCGCCUGCGGCGCGGGGCUGCGUGGCAUCCGCAGCCUCCGCCAGCGGAGGCAACCGCCCGCACAUGAGACCCCAGCGGCCUGA